AUGGCAGAAAGCAAUAUUAAAAAAGCUCUUGAGCUCGCUCAAUACCCUGAAACCAAUGUUCGUUUACAGGCAGAACUUGAAUUGAAGACUUUGGAAACUUUGCCUGAUUUCCCUCUGUACUUGACAAACAUCGCAGCUUCUAGGGCUUCAAUUCCCUUGCGAUUGGGAUCCUUGAUUUAUUUGCAGCGUUUUAUCACUCAUCACUGGUCUCCUUUGUUUGAACAGUUCCAAGAAGGACCUAUACCUGAUGAGAAUAUUAAGCGCACGGUGAAAGAGAUCCUUCUUCGCCAAUUGCUUUCUUUGGAAAACCACCAGCUUAAUAAAGCAGUCGCUUAUGCAGUAUCUUUGAUAGCAAAUGUUGACUUCCCCGACGAGUGGCCUGAAGUUUUUCCUUGCCUUCUACAGUUACUCGAGUCAAACAACGAAAAUUCUAUUAAUGCCGCUCUUGAUGUGUUGUGUGAGUUAAUUGAUGAAUCACUAGUGGAAGAACAAUUCUUCAUUAUAACCCCACGCCUUUCUGAGACUUUGUAUCAGCUGGUUUUGCCAACUCCUCCUAAUGAUUCUUUACGAAAAUUGCAAGCCCGUGCAAUAGGAUUGUUUCGUUCGUGCCUGGAGUUACUGGAAAUGUACAAAGAAACCCGUUCUGAGCCAGUCCGCGUCUUUGUUGAUCGACUAUUGCCUCCAUGGAUGGAUUUGUUCACCCAAAAAUUACAGUCUCCUCUUUUUCAGGGUAAUGAACUCUUGGGUGACUCUACGGGUACAUUUUGCAUAAUGGGAGAAAUUUCAUUGUCUUUAUCGAAGCUUAGGGAAUUGUUUCCAUCAAAGUUAUCGACCUAUGUUGUAAGACUGGUAGAUCUCAUAUGGGAUAUUCUCCAAAAGCUGCUCCCAAUUUAUCUCAGGGAUGUAGUUUUUGGCAAUCCUGUAAAUGAGAACGUUUUUGGCAUCGAAUUUCCAUUUCGUUACUUAAUUGAACUCCUUCAGUUCGUUGGUGUGGCUCUACAAAACAAAUCUGUUCAAGCUCUAUUCUUGGCCACCAAUGCUUCUUCAUCUUCUCUUCCUCCUUGUAUCUCCAUUUUGGUGCAAUAUGCUCAGCUUUCUAAAGGCCAAGUUGAACUUUACGAAAACGACGUUAACGAGUAUAUAGUCAACGAAACAAACUAUGACUCAAUUGUUGAUACAGUCCGCGGAGCUGCUGUCAAUGUGCUUUCUUCUUUUGAACAGCACACAAAUUUAGGGCUCCAGCAGCAUAUUCGGGAACUGGCCGCUACAUACGUAUUGCAAAAUGACAUAAAUUGGGUUGAUCAAGAAGCUUUAUUAUACGCAUGCUGUUCAAUCGAUGCUACUUCAGAUGAUACUUACGACGAUUUUUUGGAGCCCGUAUACAAAGCCAUAUCUGUUCGAAUGCAAACUUCAAAUGUUCCGGAAAUAUUGAUGGCUGGUUUCUUUAACUUCGUUGGCUACUUUUCAGAAAGUACUCCUUUAGCUAUUGAAUUUUUCCAAAUAUUUUUGAAUUGCAUUUCAAAUGCUGCUCAAUCGGAUUUGGUCAAAUAUGCUGCCAUUAAGGGAAUUGAGAGGUUAUGCUCAGUCAGUGAAAUAAAACCAUCAACUUCGGUACAACCUGCUGUUUUACAAGUCCUUAGAGAGUUUGUGCAAAACAGCUAUGAUGAAUCACUCGUUCUUCUCGUUGAAGCAAUUACAGCGUUAGCCCGAUUAGACUGUGAAAAGGCUGCGGAACCGGAUAGUUCGUUUAUUCCUGUAUUAUUCAAUCUUAUAGCUAAUAAUCCUUCUGAUCCUUAUCUUUCUGGACUAAUUGAAGAUACAUUUGAGGAUCUUACUAGUGAGGCUGCUAGUUAUGAAAGUGUCUGCGAAAUAACUAUGCCAGAACUUUUACAAGUUUUAAGCCAUCCGGACCCCAACCUGGUAAAUGUUGGUUGCACCCUUCUUUCUUCUUUAAUUCGUGCAGGGCCUUCUCCUCUUCCUAAUGGCUUUAUCAACUACGUUUUGCCCCCUAUUUACCAAAUUACAGAAACACAUAAUGAUGAUCUGGAGUUGCUUCAACUUUCACAAGAAAUUAUAAGAGAGCUGUUGCGUAAAGACUGCCCUCAGGUAUUAAGAUCAGAAAUAUCAGGAGCAACCGGACUUCAGUAUAUUCUGUAUAUAUUGCAGAAACUCUUAUUGAGUAAGUCCGAUGAUUCCUCAUGCUUCCUUGUGGGCACCAUUCUCUUAGAACUUUUGGAGCAUGCAAAUCAAGCCUUAGAUUUGCAUCCUGUUUUGCUUUCUUGUUUGCAAAGAGCAGUUGUUGCUGAACAACCUCGCUUUAUUCAGAGCAUCAUUUACGUUUUUUCUAAAAUGAUUAACAAAAACGCUGAAGCUGUCUUGAAUUUUUUGAGCGGCUGUACUUUAGAUGAUAGAGGAACAUCUGCAUUGGAAGCGUUGAUGCAAGUUUGGUGUGAUAAUUAUGUUUACUUCAGUAACUUCAAGAACUUAUCUGUCAUCUGUAUCGCAAUGACAAAUAUCUAUAAAGCAGAGACAAGUCUUUUGGAUGCAAUUCAAGUGAAAGGUGAUAUUAUAUCACAAUCUGAUAGAAUCGUUACCCGUUCACAGUCUCGUUUACAUCCAAACCAGUAUACUUCCAUCAACGUACGAGAAAAAUUGAUAAAACUGUUACUGGAUGAAUAUAUUUCACUUUUUAGAGAAUCUAUUGUUGAAGAAGUUUCCAAUGAUGAGGGUGAUGAUUGGGACGAUGGCCCAUCGAAUGUAGAAGAAGACUUUGGUUUAUCUGCUGAUGAAAUAAACGAACUUGCUAAAGAUGAAUUUCCAUCUGUAAAAACGCCCGCUGAAGGAGAGGAUGAUACGGCAGACUUACAGUUCCAUCUGCUUGAUUUUUUCAAAAGUGCGAUGGCAGCCAAUCUUAAUAACUUUAAUGAUUGUGCUUCAAGGCUUACUGUAGAGCAGCAAGCUGCUUUGGCAAACAUUAAAUAG